AUGACUUUCCUCGUGAAUAUUUCGAAAAAUGUUAUGGAAAGAGAAGGUUUACUGAGACGGUUUCUCAGAUAUGGACAUUUACCGAUACGCGAAGAUGAUUGUUCAUAUCUUUGGUAUAUUCCUGCAGAGGAACGUUGCGAAUGGGUGAAGAAAAUACCAGACUGCUACAGGGACUCCGUCGUUCAUUAUUGUCCAUCCUUAUCAGUGAUAACCAGCGUUAUGCAUCUGUCAGAAAAUAUUACUGGUGUGAUGAUAUUGACAUUUGGAAACGGAACGCCUGACAUCUUCACAUCUCUCGUAUCCCGUAACGAGGAUACUAUAAUCAUGUUCACGGAAUUGAUAAGCGCGGGCAUCUUCGUGACAACGAUAAUCGCGGGUUCCAUUGCCCUGGUCAAGCCUUUUCGUAUAUAUUUUAAGCCUUUGAUGAGAAAUACAUGCUUUUACAUAGCGGCACUCUGCUGGAUAACUUAUGUUGUGCAGGACGAGAGAGUUUAUCUAUGGGAAGCCAUAAUCUGGCAAUUGAAAAUUGGCAAGGUGCCGAUAUUACCGAUAUUCUUCGCUUUUGGCACACUAAUUGGUGUAAUUGUGUUUCUAACGACCAAUGUGGAUCGCAUACCGAAGUAUCAUAAUGCUUUUGCGUUUUUUGGAUUCUUGAUCGGCAUGCUGACAGUUUAUUUCGUGGCUAGAGAAAUAAUGGCCGUGCUAGGAUGCAUUGAAUUCGCCUGUAGUAUUUCAAAAGCCAUGUUGGGAAUCACGUUUCUUGCCUGGGGUAAUAGCAUCGGGGAUUUAAUAUCCAAUACAAUGAUAGCUCGUCAAGGAUUCUCAAAGAUGGGUUAUGCGGCCUGUUUUGCCAGUCCUAUAUUUAAUACUUUAUUGGGACUGGGAUUGACUUAUGGUAUAGAGGCCGCAUAUUCUUCGGAUUUAAAGGCGAAAAUUCGUGUGAGCAACAUGGCACCGGGAUGUCUAACAUUCCUAUUCUGUUCGCUAUUGACUACGAUCAUUUACAUGAACAUUACAGCAGCGACUGCACGGCGUUCCUAUGGAUAUCUUCUUUAUUCGUUGUAUUUGGUUUUCAUUCUCAUUCAGUUUCUCAGCGAGUUCCACGUUAUUCAUCCCCUUGGAACGGAUCAUCGUGCGGACGAGCCGGACGGCCGAUGAAUAAUCGAACGUUAUCUCCAGAGCAUUCUCUCUGGAGCAUAAUGCUAUCCUACGAAAUGUUAUAUGGAAAUGGUGAUGCGUUUUUCUUUUUUACGUAUUCUUUACAUUAAUGGUAUGCCUAUGGAUUUGAUCGAUGUCGAUGAAAUUACCAUGAUGAUAGAAAUGUGAGAGAAUAUUUGUAUUUGUCCGUAUGUACUUACCGUGAUCAAACUAGAGAAUAAAUUGUGCGCUUGCGAUAAUAAAAAUCUUUUUUGAUAUUCUUCCCAUUAAUCCAUAUCUAUCGAUUUUUCUUUUAAAUAUUAUCUCUUC